GCAGCUUUUUAUUACACCAUAUACUUCAUAAAAUCGUGCUGAAGAUGCCUGUGGAAUCCCUGGAGGAUCUCCGUACAGCCACUGAUGCCAUCUGCUCCUCCACUUACACGAAUCUAUCCAACAAGUCACCACCCUACCUGCAGAAACACCUCAAUGGGUACUGCAUCACCUCAAGCUUCAUCUACCUGAUCAUCAGCAAUGGAUACAAGUUUGACAAUGAGACUUUCCCAGACAUCUCUUAUGAGAAGGCUGGAGACACCUCUAUUGGCUGGGUCCUGGGCUACAUGCUGAAUCUCAUCAACAUGAUCCCUGCAGAGGAAAACUCCAAAGCCACCAACUUCAGCUCCUGGACCGCACUGAUCUUCGUCGUCCUUAUUAUUUUGGCUCUGAUCAUCUUUGCCGUCACCUUCAGGUCUAAUAAACAGCAGCAAACCAUCUGAUUCCCAUUGGAGGACAAGAGUCUGAGCCUUACUUGCCGUCCCAGUGCAAAACGGAGAGGAUUUUGCAGCAGCUUCUACAAGCUCCACACUCUUCACGGAGUGAUAUAAUGACCUUCUUCCACCUGGUCACUUUCUCUGAAGCCCGGGCAUGAAAUGCGAUAUUGAAUUGGAAAUAUAGGUCACAGCUUCUCACCAUAGGAUGGAAUCCCCCCUCUCUGACGUUUAAGUUCUAGUUGUCACUAUGGGAGGCGGGCGCUGGCUCGAUGUCGCUCUCUCUGUAGCGGACUCUCAGUCACUUAUUGCGCACAAUGUUGGGUUUUUCCAGAAAUGUCUAGUCUGCUAAAUGUAAAACAUCUACAGGAGUAGUCCUCCAAUGGGAAUCAGAUGGUUUGCUGCUGUUUAUUUACUAGAGCUGUUGCCCAUAGCAACCGAUUAGAUUCUAUGGCAUCCUAGAAAAUGAUAGACCGAAUCUGAUUGGUUACUGUGGGCAACACCUCUGAUUGUCUGUUUUUAAAAGCUUUAGUAAAUCUACCCCAUAGGAUGAAACCACUGUACACGCACAUACACACACUGCCGAUUACAGGAAUUACAGUAUUACAAUAUUUCUCAGAGAGUUUUCUGUCAGACUCUGCAUGUGUUGGGCCCUGUGCUGUUGUCUCCUGUGCAAAAACGUGGGGUCAUUAUUCUGCUAUUUCAGUAGG